AUGAACACACCACCAGCGUUUUCAUUUCUGGUAUGUCUUCGCCUUCUGCUCGCAGUUCUACCUCUUCCGGGUCAAAAUCUCCUUAAACAUGACCAUCAACUUAGCUCCCCAUUGACCUCCAACCUUCGUUUGAAAGAAGGUCUCUGGCUUCUCGAUAACAAUAUCGAUCCAUAUACAGGAGGAUCUUUUCACCAUUCCCCUCUCCUACUCUCCGUAUUUUCAACCAUAGUACCUCCACUCCCAAUUAUAUGGGCUAUAUCUGAUGCUGUGGGAGCAUGGGCGCUUCUCCGCAUAUGGCGCGCACGCCAGGGUUUAUUAUCUCAAAAGGGUACGAGGUCCAAUGUAGAAAACCUCAUCACAAGCGUCUACUUGCUGAACCCCUACCUCCUCCUUCCAUCACUUGCCCUAUCCACAUCCACAUUCGAAAAUACCCUGAUCCUCCUUGCUCUCAUGUUUGCAUCUCAAGGCAAAGUAUCUUCUGCUCUCCUCGCUAUCGCAUUCGCAGUUCACCUUACCCCCUCCUCUAUUCUUCUACUUCUUCCAAUCUUCAUGGUCCUCGUCUCCUCUCCUGUGUCUCACCUCGCUUCACCGCGUCCUUUUCAUGGCAACCUCAAGCGCAUACCAUUCCUCUUUGGUGAGUUCACACUAUACUGGCUCGUCCUUGUAGGCGCGGCGUGCAUUAUCACAGGAGGAAGCUGGAGUUGGGUCAGGGCGUCGUGGGGCGCAACCCUCACGCUACCAGACCUCACGCCCAACCCUGGUCCUUGGUGGUACUUCUUCACUGAGAUGUUCGAUCAUUUCAGACCAUUCUUCCUCAUGGUCUUUUCUGUGCUUAGGUCCACCUUGUCAUAUACAUAUUACCCUAUCUGCAUAAAAUUUCAACAUGAUCCGCUCUAUGCUGCGUUCCUCCUCACAGGCGUCCUGGGGACGUUCAAAGCGUACUUGACUCUCGCAGACCCAGGCUUGUUCCUAAGCAUGAUAUCCAUUUUCCCCGAAGUACAUGGCUACCUCCGACAUCCCAUCAUCACUACACUUCUCCACCUACACGCUGCGCUCCUCCUCCCGCUCCAACAUGUACUCUGGGUGAGCGAGGGCCGUGGGAACGCGAAUUUUUAUUAUGCUGCGAGUCUUGUCAUGGGUAUGGCGGGUGGUGCGGGGCUUGUGGAUGCAUGCUGGGCGGGGAUGCGGAUUGCUGUGGGGAUGCAAAAGAGGCUGAGGAAAAUGUAG